AUGGGAAGUCGCUACGAACGGCAGGAAAAGAUCGGCGAGGGGACGUACGGCGUGGUGUACAGGGCCCGCGACACCACCACCGGUGCGAUCGUUGCUCUCAAACGCAUUCGUCUCGACUCGGAGGAGGAGGGUGUGCCGUGCACUGCCAUCCGCGAGAUAUCGCUGCUGAAGGAGCUUCACCAUGACAGUAUUGUGAAGCUGCUCGACGUGUGUCACAGCGAGAAUCGCCUCACCCUCGUUUUCGAGUACAUGGAGCUGGACCUUAAGAAGUACAUUGAUCGUGAGGGCGGCAACCUCGACGCAGCCACCAUUCAAAGCUUCAUGCACACCUUGCUCAAGGGGGUGUGCUUCUGCCACGAGCGUAACGUGCUGCACCGCGACUUGAAGCCGCCGAACCUCCUUAUCUCGCGAGAGAAGGAACUGAAACUCGCGGACUUCGGCCUUGGGCGCGCGUUCGGCAUCCCUGUGAAGAAGUUCACACACGAGGUGGUGACGCUGUGGUACCGCUCGCCUGAUGUGCUGCUCGGCUCCACCCAGUAUGGCACGCCGGUGGACAUCUGGUCCGUCGGCUGCAUCUUUGCCGAGAUGGCCAUCGGCGCCCCGCUCUUCGCGGGGAAGAAUGACGCAGAUCAACUGCUGCGUAUCUUCCAGUUCCUCGGCACGCCGAACAACCAGGUGUGGCCCUCGAUGAACCAGUACCCGAACUCCACAAACAUGCUGUCAAAGCCGGAGUUCCUGCAGAACCUCGUGGCGGAGUGCGACGUGCAGUUCCAGACGUUGCCAGCAUACGCCAAACUUGGCCCGCAGGGCAUUGAUCUCCUGCGCCGCCUGCUGAAGUACGAGCCUGCCGAGCGGCUGACGGCGGCGCAGGCGCUGGAGCACCCAUACUUCUCCGUCGUGUUCUAA